CGAAAGGCACAAAGCUCCAGCUGUCUCCCGGUCUCGUUCCUGCCCAAAUCCAAAUCCAAAUCCAAAUCCAAAUCCACUCAGGCUCUGGGCAGCAUCGAUAUCCACCCUCCGCUACACUGCCGCUGUCCCCCUUCCUCCACUUCCUUGCCCUUCACUGUUGCUCGUCUCGACUUUCUGUGUCUCAGAAUGGCACCGCACCAUGCAGGAUAAGAAGGAGCCAUGGGAACCUCUCACAGCAUCGUGUUAAGGUAUUCACUCUCUCAUGCCAAUGGUCAAUCAUGCCGAGGUUGAUAAUUGUCAGAAAUGCAAUGUGCAUGGCGGCGGCUGCCUCUCUGUAAGGAACCAAUGUACAGUACAGGACAGCACCUAUCAGAUCCUGACUCUGCUCGUGCACUUCUUCCUUUUGCUCGCCCUUUUCCUAAUUGUUUUGACCUCUUAACCUGGAACUGCUCUGCUUCCUUUUGCGGGCUAGGGCGACAGGGCAAGACAAAACACAGCGGCACUUUUUGACAUCCCAUCCUCUCCUCUCCUCCUCUCCUGCCGGAGGGGAUAAGAUAAGCUUAAUGCCCGCAAUAUACCCACGACGGUUGUUGCAGUCGCUGUGAAAGUCAAUAAAUGUCGCCGCCAGAACAACAACCCCAAUCCCAAUAUCCUGUUUUGACAGACUGCUGCGUCAAACUUGGUACCCUACUGUCAGGUAGGAAAGGUGGGUGGGUAGAUUUUCGUCAUCCAUCUCUCUUCGCCCACAACGACUGUCCAAAUCAAGAGCACAGCCUCUUUAGAAUACUCACUCAAAGACAUGUCAUCCCCAACCCCGUUCUUCCUUCUUGAAUCAUACAAACAUUGCCGUUGCUGCGACUGCCGACCUCUCGCCGGCCCCCAAAUUGUCUGAUCUCCUGUGCUACUGUACAUUCGUAGCGCGCUCUGAUUGGCGACAUUGCGAUAGGCGAUAGACGAUACCUUGCCUUGCCUACCCUGCGAGCCUGCCUCGCCUGCCUCGAGAGCAUUUGCCUGACAACAACGAGGUGGGCCUGAUUCAGCACGUCCGCAUCCACCAUAACAUCGAGAUCCACGUCGAGAUCCAGCCUCAGCCUCAUUUCCUGGUUUGUUCUGGAGAUCCAGUGCACCUUGCUUGCACUCUGCUGAAGGCUCAAUCCUCGUGUGGCUUUGGACCUAGAAUUUGGCCAACCUCGGUCACCCUCGUCAUCGUGGAUCAUGGCGGGCAAUAUGACCUCCUAUGAAGGUUCCCCUCAGGACGAGGGCUAUAGUGAAGACCCCUUAACCAUUGGCAAUUCAGCAACUCUGCCUCCAUGGGUAGAGAGCAUGUCAGCGGUAGAAAGGACAGAAUACGUGAUGAAUAUCAUUUCCCAUCUGCCUACGUCCCAAGUCGCGGACAUCGUUAGCAGACUACGACCUCGUCUUUAUAUCAACUUCUUCAAGUAUCUCCCCCCCGAGGUAUGCUUGAAAGUUCUGGGUUUUCUCGACCCGACCUCCCUGAUCAACACCGCUCGGGCUUCGCGAGAAUGGAUGGCUCUGGCUAUGGACAGGAAGCUGUGGGAACAAUUAUACAUCUUGGAAGGCUUCAGGGUGAUCAAGUCGGAGGUGGAGCGCUUCGAGGCUUCGCUAAAUGUAGGCUCGAUGAGUUCGGACAGGUCGGUCUUGUCAAGACCUAGUGGCCAGGCUGAUGAGGAACACGCGAGCAAGAGACGAGCAACACCACAACGAAUCCUACCCAGUCUCCAGACAGAUGUUGAUUCCGAAAUGCCGGACGUGGAUGCAGGACCGAAGCAGGUAUCGAUAUUUGGUGGACAGAUGACAAAAGAGCCACUUUCUACUCGAGGGGAUGUUGAUGUACCAAUGCUCUCCCCUCGAGCAUCUUCUUCAAUGACUUCGCAAUUUCCAACCAAGUCUGCAAAGAGUACGCAGAGUCGAUCCAGCCAUCGCACAUCGACUGGGACUACUGCGCCUAUAUUGACGAACAUAUCUUCUUUAGUGGUGGAGGACCCGUCAGAUAAGAGAAGAAAGUUGAACUGGCAAUAUCUUUAUUCACAGAGGCGACGCUUGGAAGCAAAUUGGGAGAAUGAGAAAUACAUAAACUUCCAAUUACCACACCCAGCACAUCCUGAAGAGGCUCACGAGGAGUGCAUCUACACCAUCCAACACUCCGGGAAAUACCUGGUUAGUGGAAGUCGAGACAAGACUUUACGAAUAUGGGAUCUGGAUACCAGAAGAUUACUUCGGGCACCAUUACGGGCACAUUCAGGCUCAGUAUUGUGUCUUCAAUUCGAUGCGGAUCCAGAAGAAGACUUGAUCGUGUCCGGAAGUAGUGAUGCGACAAUAGUGUUAUGGAAGUUCUCGACAGGACAAGUAAUUCAGCGACUGAGGAAAGCACAUCGAGAAUCAGUUCUCAAUGUCAGAUUCGAUAAGCGAGUACUGGUAACUUGCUCCAAGGACAAGACAAUCAAGAUCUUCAAUCGAAGGGAUCUGAAUGCAGGUGAUUUGGGUUAUCCAGGCUACUCGGGGGUAGUUCAUCCAGUUCCGACAUUUCUCAACAAUUAUGGUUACAAUCCUGCGCCGAGUGCAGGCCUACCAGUAAAACCAGCAUAUUCCAUGAUCGGGUGCUUGGAAGGUCACGGCGCUGCCGUUAAUGCCGUACAGAUUUUCGGAAAUGAAGUUGUCUCUGCUUCUGGAGAUCGUACUGUCAAGGUCUGGAAUUGGCCAGAACAAACGUGUACACGAACUUUGAUUGGGCACACCAAGGGUAUUGCCUGUGUUCAAUACGAUGGACGCCGAAUCGUCAGUGGAAGCAGUGAUAACGAAGUCAAGGUGUUCGAUAAGGAGUCUGGUUUGGAAGUUGCCAGUUUGAGAGCUCACUCGAACCUGGUUCGUACUGUUCAAGCUGGAUUCGGCGACUUACCAUACAGUGCCGAGGAAGACCAAGAGGAUGCGAAAGCUAUCGAUCACGAGUAUUUCAAAGCUGUAGAUUCGGGGGCAAUUCCUCGAACAGUCUAUUUACAACGAGGCCGUCCUCGAAAUGCCGGAUCUCGGAGACCGGAAGACAUAACCGCGUACGGCGCCAAGCUACCACCAGGCGGGGGAGGUGGCCGAUUUGGCCGCAUAGUUUCAGGAUCAUAUGACGAGACUAUAAUCAUCUGGCGAAGAGAUAAAGAGGGUGUUUGGAGAGCCCAGCAUACUCUUCGCCAAGAAGAAGCCGCACAGGCAGCAUCCAGGGCUGCCGCGCCAGAAGCCGUUCAACCUCCUCAAACUACAGUACAAUCAAGUGCCACACCCUCAAUCGAUGUUGAUGCACCAACUCUACCCUUUCCACCUGGUAGCGAUUCUUUCUAUCGUCACUUAAUCGACACAACCGUUCCUCGAGGCCCGAUGGCAUUACAGGCAGCCAUACAUAAUCAUCCCCAACUACUACAAUACGACUACCUUAUGCAAAUUAUUCGCAACCUCCCAGCCGAAUUAGAACCAGUCCAGACCUCCAUCGUCGACGACGCAAGGCAGGCAGCUCAAGCUCAAGCUCACGCUCCAUUACCCACCAUCGCCGGACCCUCAUCACUCUCUCAUCCCAACCCAUCCAUGUCAGCCAUGCACAACAUGGUCCAACAAUGGCACAGUACCCUCCCCUUAACAGCAACCACCACCACCACCAAUACAUCAUCCUCAUCCCCAUCCGGCCCCUCCCACCCAUUACAAGCAACCCAAACCUCCUCCCUAUCAACGCCUCUCCCUCAAACCCAACCAAUCACUCAAUCACAUACUCAACCACCAGCUCCCGCACCUUCAACACAACCCCUACCAACCACUCAACCACUCGCCGCAGCCCUCGCCGCAGCCCCAGCACCCCAUCACCACCACCACGGCGCCGGCCACCACCACGUCCAAGCCAACAUGGCCCGCGUAUUCAAGCUCCAAUUCGACGCCCGUCGCAUCAUAUGCUGUAGUCAAACCAGCACCAUUGUAGGCUGGGACUUUGCCAAUAACGACGCGCAGAUUAUCGAGGCGUCGAGGUUUUUUGCGCCGAUUGAGUAGUAGGGUGGUGGGUAGGUGGGUGGUUGCGGGGGUGGGCGUAUUGUGAUGCAUUGGGAGAAGAACGUAGAGGAGGUGAGAGAUGGAUGAGGGGUAAUGUUUUGUGAGGAAUUUAAUGUACUAGGUGGGUGAGUGGGGUAUAUAGAGGAUUUUGAUGAGGUCUGGGGAGUAUAGAAGGGGAAAUGUAAUGGAAUGGCAUAUAUGGAGUGGGUGGUUGAUCACACGGAUAUGUGAUGUCUUCUUGUGUUCUGUUGUGUUGUGCUAGCAGAGUUGUUGUAUUGUACGAGUUAUUUAUCAAUCAAUCAAUCAAUCAAUCAAUCAAUCAAUCAAUCAAUCAAUCAAUCAAUCAAUCAAAAUUACGAUGUCACGAUUUCCA